UUUUGGCAUAAAUCUUCAUCGGGGUCAGACUCCGGACUGAAGACAAAUCGUAUUAGAGUCUCCUUCCUCGCUGCUGGAUAAAAUUCCUGUCCCCUAAAAGAAACAUCCACUUGCAACGUGAUGCCCAAGUAUGGAAGAGCCUGGCAGGCUGUGUUUUUGCUUUCGAAGAAGAAGAAUUUGGUUUCUCAUAUGGUGACUCAGAUAAUCCUGAUUCUUGCAUUUUUCUGCAAAGGUAUGCUGAGCCAACGGGGACCGAGCUUCACACUGGAAGUGUCUCAAAAUGUCCCUGUACAGCAGAACGGUUGUGUUCACAUCCCUUGCCAAUUCACAUAUUAUAGUACCAGGACAGAGAAGAUUUCUGCCCACUGGUUUAAAUCUCAAGCAGUAAAAAGUUCCUGUUACAGCAAUUGCGUUCCUGGUUUACUCGUGGCCACCACUAAUAGUAGAAGCGUGGUUGAGGAAUCUGCUCAGAACCGUUUCUACUUCAUAGGAGAUCCAAACCAAGGUGACUGCUCUCUUAUCAUCAUGAAUGCCAAAGCCGAAGAUGAGGGACACUACUUCUUGAGAAUUGAAGGCAAUUGGGGACUGAAGUACAGUUAUGUGACUUCAAGUGGUCAUACACAACCUUACAUUUCUGUGAGAGAUCCGCCAUGGGAUGUCCAAAUCACAUGGACCAUACAUGGCAUACCCUACCAAGAAGGAACUACGGGUCCCAUAGUGGCUCGAGAAGGUGAUACUGUUACAUUGGUGUGUGAUGAUAAGAGUAAACCAGAUCCCACCCUGAACUGGAUAAAGGGGAACAAUGCUAUCCCUGUAGAAAGCAGAGAAUAUGUGAUUUCUCAGAUCAAACCAGAAGACGCUGGGGAGUAUCGGUGCCAGGCAAAAAAUCAGCUUUGUUCAACCAGCCAAGCCAUCCAUGUGACUGUUCAGUAUUCACCGAGAAAUGUGACAUUCAGCAUCACUCGAAUUUCCAGGAGAGACCCUACCUUUUCUCAAGGUUUUCCCCCAGAAGUGGCACAUGGCAACAAACUGAUGGCUCAGGAAGGAGAGACGUUGCACAUACUGUGCCAGGUGGAUAGCAACCCUCCUUCCAGAAUCCACUGGAUCAAGCCAGGCGGGAAGACCUUGAAACAGGCUAACUUAUUAGAACUGACUGAACUGACAGCAGAAGAUGAGGGUGCAUAUGUGUGUCAUGCCAAUAACAUUAUAUAUUCAACUCAGGAGACCUUCCAGCUCUAUGUAGCAUAUGCCCCCAAGCUCAAUGAUGACCCUCAGAGAAAUGCUACAUGUUGGCAACAGGACAACAGCUUUCUCUGCAACUGUUCCUUUAUGGCCCAACCUCCACCGCAGGUUCAGUGGCAAGUAGAUGGAGAAAUUAUAACUGAGAAGAAGAGCAAAAAGAACCAAAAAGUAACUUCUUUAAUCCAGAAGAAUGAGGUCACCAGCACUCUCAACUGGACAGGCAAUCUGGAGGUGGACCAUGAUAUCAUAUGCAUUGGGCACAAUUUUUUUGGGACCUACAGGAUGCAGCUCCCCUUCAGUGCCUUGGGAGCCUCCAUCACCACAGAGUCUUAUACAGGAAGCCCUGCAACUGUGCUCAUCUCUGGACUAUGCGGAGCCUUGCUGGGAGUUGGUUUCUUCAUGCUGGGCCUGUUUUUGCUCAAAUUUUGUAAGACGAAAUCGUCACCGAAAGCAAGCUGUGAAGAGAUUGUGGACCCCACAAAUUCUGGGUACCCAAAGGCCAACAACAAUAGCCUAAUCUACAGCAACAUUUUGCCUAUGGGUCAAAGGACUCCCUAUGUUGGUCAGCCCAAGAUACCUAGAGAGAAAAAUGUGAAACAAGAGCAGAUUCCUAAAGUUCCUGAUCUGACCACAGAUAAAGCAGAUGAGGUCCACUAUGCAGCCUUGGAGUUCAAGUUUAAAAACUCAAACAUCAGUUCUCCGAUUGCAGAGGAAGAAACAGUGGAAUAUUCAGCAAUCAGACAGAAAUAAAGACCUUAUUCCCAAUUGGGCAUGAACUAGACUAUUGAUAGCAGGUCCUCUGAUGUAAGGUCACUCAGACAUCAAUGCAAGGCUUGAAUGAAUAGAAUGUUUUUCAUCAAGGAGUUGGAGAUGGAUGUGGCAGAGGAAGAGUAAGCAACCUCUGAUUUCUAUGUUCUCCAAGAAAGCAUUAACCCAUCCUGUUACCAAUAGAUAGGGUAGAAGAUACUUUAAGAAGCUGGUAGAGCUGGAAGACACUAUUAUGGAAACUUCAGCUUUUUCAGCCUGGUUUCCAUGAGACCAUUAGCUAGGAACCAGAAGGCUAUCUUGAAGGACUUAGCUAAUUAGCUAGGAACCAGAAGAAUAUGUUGAAGGACUUAGUCAUUUUCUCAACAAUAAGCAAAAUGCACCCAUCAAUGGUAUGUGUAAACCUCUUCCUGCCCAAAGCAAUUGGUCAAACUAAUGUGAUAAGAAAAGUUCACUAUCUUCAAGAAAUGGGUUUGAUAAAAUUAUGUCCACAAGCCACCAGUGGCUCUUUGGGACCCUCAGGGGUCAUUUUAAAUUUCUUUUCAUAUUUUGCACACCAAUUCCCUCCUCCACCCACACACAAUGUAUUCUGGGGUGUUCUUGGAGAAUUACCACAAUGUUUUGGACCCUUCCUGGGCCAAUAUAUGCUAAGGAGUGGUAGUUUUCGAAACAUGAGGUAACUUCUGCUCAUUUCCUGUUGUUAAAAAAGGGUCUGUCAUAGACCUAAAAUGGUCAAGGAAGGCCCAACACCAUAGUGAAAAUCCCACAUGGUAUUUGGGGUCAAACAAUAUUUUGUUGGGCAGGAAUGGUAUUGAGAGGGGACCCUUCAAGGUUGCUUUGGGGCUAAUCAAGCCUUCUACCUUUCCAGAAUUACCCACCCCAGUUCUGGAGCAUAGAGAUUUAAUUUGAAAAUUUCAAAUUUUUUAAAUAGGAAAUACGUUCUGCAGCUCUAUUAUUCUCAAGUAUUUUCAACAAGUGCAAAUGUUUUUGAUUCUGUGUUUUUAAACAGCAUUAUUUUAUGUAUUUAUUUAUUUUAUGUUUUGCUAUAUCUUCCCUUUGUAUGAUAAAAAUAAUAUCAUGUGGUCAAUGUUUUACAUAUUUAGCUCUUUUGGCAAUGGUUGCUUUUUCUCAUCUCUCAAUAAUAAAUCUCUGUACGUUAUACAGAAUGGAGGAGCUUAUGUGUCCUUUCUUACUUGGGCAUUACCAUAUCUUGGUCACAAGUGUUCAGAAAUGGA